AUGAAAAGGUAUUUGAAAUUAAAAAGAAUAUUAUUUCCCUCACUUUUAAUAAUAUCUUUUUCUAUUAUAACUAUUUUGGAAAUUUUUAAUAUAAAAUCACAACCAUCUUUGGCAUUUUAUCAAGAAAAUAGAAGAUAUAAACGUAAUAUUGAGGAUAGUUUAACUAUCCCACAAUCUACAAAAAAUGGAUUUUUUAAUUUUCUUACGUCACAAUGUGAAAUAAAAAAUAUUAGUUAUAUAAAUAGUCAAGAGGGAAUUAAAGAUGUUAUUAUUCAAGAUGAUUCCCAAUUUCCUCCUGAUUACUUUUCUCUUCAACAACGCCAAAGAGGAGCUGUUAUCCUUCAUUUGGUUGGAUUAAUAUAUAUGUUUAUUGCUUUGGCAAUAGUUUGUGAUGAAUUUUUUGUACCCUCCUUAUCAGUUAUAACAGAAAAAUUUGACAUUUCUGAAGAUGUGGCUGGGGCAACAUUUAUGGCUGCUGGUGGGUCUGCACCUGAAUUUUUUACCUCAGUUAUAGGAGUUUUUAUUGCUCAAAAUAAUGUUGGAAUUGGUACUAUUGUUGGUAGUGCCACUUUUAAUAUUCUUUGUGUUUUAGCUUUUUGUACUUUAUUUUCAAAGACUGUCCUCCAUUUAACAUGGUGGCCAUUAUUUCGUGAUGUUACUUUUUAUAUUGGAUCAUUGUUUAUGUUGGUAGUUUUUUUUCUUGAUGAAAAAAUUUUAUGGUGGGAAGCUGGUAUGCUAUUUGUUGUUUAUAUUGUAUAUGCACUUUUUAUGAAAUUUAAUGGAAGUGUUGAAAGUUGGGUUAAAGUUAAAUUACUUGGACAAUUACCAAUAGAUGAUGAAGAAAAUGAAAUUGAGGAAGAUAAAAGAAAUGGUAUUAUUGGUAGUGUUGAAGAAGGUAAAGUUGUUGAAAACCCAUUAAUUAGAAAUAAUAAAACAGAAGAUCAUCAACAAUAUGAGGGACAGUCAUAUCAAAAUGGUGAUUUAACAAAUAUGACAAGAUCUGGAAGUUUUGCUGGUGUUAGAAAAAGUUCAGUAUCAUCAAGAAGGCAAUCAAUUCCAAUAUUACAUUCCGGUGCUAUGUUUAGAAAUGGUAUAAUGCAAUUAAUGUCACAUACUUUGGAUCCAUUAACUGAAGGAGAGGGAUCAGAAAAUACCUCAAUGAAUGAAAAUAUUCAAGGAAAAGAGUAUCAUAAUGUUGGUGUUUCAAAUAGUAGUGAUAAAGAAUUUGCCACAAUGAAAACAACUAUUAAAGGAAAUGUUAAUAAUUCAUCUCAAACAACAACUUCAACAGUUAUUAGAAGAAAUGACUCAAGAGGUUUAAGUGAUAGAAGAUCAACAAAAGCUGAAAUAGAUGCUUUAAAAGAAAUUUUAGAAGAGACAGAAGAGAAACCUUUAGAUAUGUCAUGGCCAGAUAUAUGGCAUAAACAAAUAAUAUAUCUAUCUCUUGCCCCAAUACUUUUCCCUUUAUGGGUUACUGUACCUGAUGUAAGAAAAGAAGAAUGUAAAAAAUGGUUUCCAGUAACUUUUAUUUUAUCAAUUAUGUGGAUAGCAUUUUUUUCCUAUCUAAUGGUUUGGUGGGCAAAUACAAUUGGUGAAACUUUUGUCAUCCCAACAGAAGUAAUUGGAUUAACAAUUCUUGCUGCCGGUACUAGUAUUCCUGAUCUAAUAACAAGUGUUAUUGUUGCCAGAAAAGGACUUGGUGAUAUGGCAGUUAGUAGUUCAAUUGGAAGUAACAUUUUUGAUGUCUGUGUAGGGCUCCCAGUACCAUGGUUAUUAUUUUUUGCCAAGGAAAAUCUUACAUCACAAGUUCCGGCUAAGUAUGUAUCAGUUUCUUCCCAUGGUUUAGUAUGUUCUGUUGGUAUGCUUUUUAUCAUGCUAGUGGUUUUAGUUAUAGCAAUAGCAAUAUCUCAAUGGAAAAUGAAUAAAAUUUUUGGUGUUAUUAUGAUUGUGUCAUAUGUAGCAUUUUGUAUAUUCAGUGUAGCAUUAGAAACAGGAAAACUUGUAUGUCCAUUAAAAAUAUGUUAA